UUGUUUCAAGGUCAUUUCUGCAUUAAAACGUGUGAUGUACCUACCACAACUCAUGUUCGAUUGAUUAUUUUUUUUUGUUCUCAUCAAAGAUGUCUACCUAAUUGUCUACAAAUAUCUGGAUUGUAUUGAAAAACAAUAGAGGAACAGGAAGUGAAAUGUUUAUCUAUACACUUUGAAUGUUUUCACAAAGUGAACGUUUUGAACGAAAACAUAUAUGAUGCGGAGGUAUAUAAAAUUCUGGCGAACUCAUUAAUUCAUUCAAUUGAAGAUGAAAGUAAAUAUGGCAUACAUGGUUCAUUUUCUCAGUUGUUUGCUUCUUUUUGAGGUGGCAUUAUCCUUCACCUUAGAUGAAUAUGAUAAAAAUUUCGAUGAAACUGCUGACGUUGAGGUUUUCGAAGACUGUAGAGAAUCAACACCUUUUCCCAUGGACAUAAGAUCAAAUACAGUCAAUCCAAUUUUUAUAAGACCCAAUCCACAUCUUACCAACUAUAUACCACCAAAACCGAAGAAUGGUGGACGACCAAAAGUUAUUCCAAAUUCAAGGACCUUUAUGCCUCGAGUUCAUCCGUUUCCAUAUCCUCGAAGGAUUUCGGUGAGAUUCCCAACUAACACUUAUUUUUAUUCUACUGAAGGACCAUUCUUCAGGAUAUGGCGAACAAGAUGGGUUGCUCUUCAAUGAAGAAACUUAUAUUAAUUCCACAUAGUGUUCCUAUGAGUCUUGUAUUAUUGUAAAUUGUCUUAUAUUUUAAUAGUUCACAAGUAACAAUAAAUGAAAAAAAAUAAGUGAA